AUGUCGUCUUCCAGGAUCACCUUCCCUCACAGAAUAACAAAAACCGAAGUUCUUUCCAUAAAUCCCUCGGACGUCAAGUUCGAACUCUCCGCCGAUCCGUCGGUUCAUCCUUACGAGGAUCCAACAUUUACCACUUCUUCUUCGUCUCAAACUGGCAAAGCCAUCCUCCUCGCUGCUGAGCGACUCCGUUCGAGCGAUGUCCCAGUCGCAUUCCCCACCGAAACUGUGUAUGGUUUAGGAGCAGAUGCCACUCGCGAUGAAGCCGUAAGAAAUAUCUUCACGAUCAAGGGCCGGCCGGCCGAUAACCCUCUGAUCGUUCAUAUCGGUUCUCUCAAACAGGCCCGAGAGCUUCUCAGGCCAGCAAAUGCUUCUCCCACAGAAACCUUUGAGAUACCAGCAAUCUACAAACCCCUGAUCGACAAGUUCUGGCCAGGGCCGCUGACCAUACUCCUACCAUUACCACCAAACUCAAAACUUUCACCCCACGUCUAUGCCACGCAGACGACUGUCGGUGUACGCAUGCCAGCUCAUCCUGUCGCACUAGCUCUCGCCUUAGCCUCGAACCUUCCAAUUGCCGCCCCCUCAGCUAAUAAAUCAGGUCUUCCAUCACCUACGACUGCUAAACACGUCGCUGUCGACCUGUACAAACGCGUAGAGCUUAUCCUAGACGGUGGUAGUUGUAUCGUCGGGCUUGAAAGUACUGUGGUCGACGGGCUUUCGAGUCCUCCUGCAAUCCUCAGACCUGGAGGCGUGAGUCUAGAACAAAUCAGAGAAUGUGAAGGGUGGGAAGGAGUCAUCGUCCAUAAGGAGGACGGUGGAGGAAAUAGCGGGGGCGGGGCGAAUGGAGCCGCAAGUGGGGCUGCGCCGAGAGCACCAGGGAUGAAGUACAAACACUACUCGCCAACAUGUGGGGUCAGACUGUACCUCCCGAACACAGACCAACCGAGUGUUGAAAUGCUGAAAUCCACAGCCUUCGGAAGUGACUCUAGGGUUGCCCGGCUGGGAGUUUUAAGAACUAGACAAUGGAAGGAGUUGGAUGAUAAACAAGUUGAAUGGCUGAGAGAGAGAAAUGUAGAACUAGUUGAAGAGAGCUUGGGAACUAGUGGAGAAGAGAUCUCGAGGAAACUUUUCGGGGCGCUAAGAAGGAUGGACGACGAAGGGGUUGUUGUGGUGCAUAUCGAGGGAAUCGAAGAGGAUAUGGAAGGGUUGGCUGUCAUGAAUCGAUUGAAGAAGGCCGCCAGUGUUGUUAUCCGUCGUCGGGACGUUUAA